UUUAAUAUAUCAUUUGAAAUAUUUUGUUUAUUAUUGAAUUUUCUAUUUUAAAUUUAUUUUAAUUAUAAAAUAUUUUAUUUCAUAAUGUCUCUCGCAACAAAAGGAAUAUUUAUUGUAGCUGCAAAGCGUACUCCAUUUGGUACAUUUGGUGGUAAAUUUACAAAUAAAAAUGCAACUGAUUUAUCAGUAAUUGCUGCUAAAUCUGCUUUGCAAUCUGCAAAGUUAAAUCCUGAAAAAAUAGAUAAUGUUAUUUUUGGACAUGUAUUACCAAUAUCAUCAAGUGAUGGAGGUUUUUUAGCACGUCAUGUUGCAUUAAAAUGUGGUAUACCAUUAGAAAAACCAUCAUUUUCAUUAAAUAGAUUAUGUGGUUCUGGAUUUCAAUCAAUUGUCAGUGGUGCACAGAGUAUUUUAUUAGGAGAAUCUAAGAUAGUUUUAACAGGAGGAGUAGAAAACAUGAGUCAAGUUCCAUUUACUGUAAGAAAUAUUCGAUUUGGUACAAGUUUAGGACAAAAAUAUCACUUUGAGGAUGUUUUAUGGCUUGGAUUAUUAGAUACUUAUUGCAAUUUAGCUAUGGGUGAAACUGCAGAAAAACUUGGAUCACAGUACAAUUUAAAAAGACAAGAAGUAGAUGAAUUUGCUUUAAGAAGCCAACAAUUAUGGAAAGCUGCUAAUGAUGCUGGUCGUUUUAAUGAGGAGAUUGUACCUGUUACAAUAACUGUGAAAAAGCAAGAUAUUGUUGUUAAUACAGAUGAACAUCCACGACCUCAAACGACUCUUCAAAAUUUAACUAAAUUACCUUCUAUUUUUAAGAAAGAUGGUUUAGUUACAGCAGGAUCUUCAUCUGGUAUUUCUGAUGGUGCAGGAGUUAUUAUCUUAGCGAGUGAAGAAGUUAUUAAAACAGAACAACUUACACCACUGGCACGUUUGGUGGGAUAUAGUAUUGUAGGUGUAGAACCUAGUAUUAUGGGAAUUGGUCCAGUUCCAGCUAUACAAAAACUUCUUAAAAUUACAAAUAAAAGUUUAAAUGAUAUUGAACUUAUCGAGAUUAAUGAAGCAUUUGGAGCUCAAACAUUGGCAUGUGCUAAAGAUUUGAAAUUGGAUAUUAAUAAAUUAAACGUAGAUGGUGGAGCUAUUGCUCUUGGACAUCCAUUGGGUGCAUCUGGUAGUAGAAUCACUGCACAUUUAGUACAUGAAUUAAGAAGAAGAAAAACUGGAAGCUUAGGAAUUGGUUCGGCCUGCAUUGGUGGAGGUCAAGGAAUAGCUUUGAUGAUAGAAGCACUUUAAUCAUUGAUAUAUAUAUAUUUUUAUUAUUAAUAUAUAUUUUAUAUAAAUUUUUUUAUAUAUGAAAAAUUUCUAUUUUUAUAUUACCAUAUAUUA